AGCCGUGCCGCUUCCCCCCGGGCGAGCUGCGGGGCCCGGCGCGGGGCAGGACGCGCUGCUUCCGCCUGGAGGCGGCGGCGAGGAGCCGGCGAUGGACGGGGGCAGCGAGGCCGAGCUCGGCGGCAGCAGCGCGGCGCCGCUGUGGAAGAGGAGGGCGACGCCGCGGCAGCACGCCCGGGGCAAGCCCCGGCCGCAGUCGUACCAGAGCCCCAGCGGGGUGCUCGUCACCGACUUCCCGGUGGAGGACAGGUGCGCCUUCACCGUCACCCAGCCCGCAGAAACCAUCAGCACCCGCCCGGGCGGCGCCGCGCCCCGGAGGGCGCCCCCCUGCUUCAGCUCCGACACGGGAUCGGCGUCCAACGGGACCCUGCGGCCUCCCAGCUGCCCGGCCGCCUGCCCCGAGCAGCCCGCUCGCCUCCUGGCGCUGGUCUCCACCGGCCCCCUCGGCAUCGCGGCGAACGGCGCGGCCGCCCCGGCGGGCAGGCAGCCGGCUCGCGGCUCGUGGAGGGCCCCCGGCCCGCCGGCCCUCGCACCGCAGCGGGACCGGAGCGCCUCGACCCCCGGCCCGCCGCCCUCGCCCGCCGCAAAUGCGCGGUCCCCGGCCAACAGCGCGGCCGUGCUGCCCUGGCAGCCCAGCCAGCCUUAUAAAAACCCCGAGCAAGUGCCAGCGGGGCCCGCCGCCGUUUCCCGGGCGAUUUCCCCGGAGCGAGACUUAACUCCUCAGGGCCCGGCCCCCGAGGGCCACCUCACGGAGCAGCCGUCCAUCAUCCUGAGCACGAACAGCCCCGCCGCUCUCAAAGUGGGCAAGCAGCAGAUCAUCCCCAAGAGCUUGGCUUCCGAGAUAAAGGUGACGAACAAAAGCGGCAGCCACAAUGCAGAGACGAACAAGAGAGUGCUCAAGGUCCGCAGCAUGGUGGAGAGCCUCAGCGUGCCCCUGGUAGCCGACGCCGAGGAGGAGGCCGAGGCUGACCUGGACAGCUCGGGGACGCUGAGACGCGGCUUGCGGUCUACGUCGUACCGGAGAGCUGUAGUGAGCGGCAUCGACUUCGACAGCUCUUCCAAUUUCAAGAAAAAAAACAGGAUGUCUCAGCCGAUACUUAAAGCGGUUGUUGAAGAUAAAGAGAAAUUUUCUAGCUUGGGGAGGACAAAGAAGAAAACGCUGAAAGGACAAGGGACAUUUGAUGGGGAAGAAAAUAAUGUGUUAUAUCAGAACUAUAAAGAAAAAGCUCUGGACAUAGAUUCUGAUGAAGAGUCUGAGCCCCGAGAGCAGAAAUCAGAUGAAAAGAUUGUUUUUCACUAUAAGCCCCUGAGAUCAACGUGGAGUCAGCUGUCAGUUGUGAAAAAGAAUGGAUUAUCGGAAACAAUCAGCCAGGAAGAAAGAAAAAGACAAGAGGCAAUAUUUGAAGUGAUAUCUUCUGAGCAUUCUUACUUGCUGAGCCUGGAGAUUCUGAUCCGGAUGUUUAAAAAUUCCAGAGAACUGAGCCUCACAAUGACCAAAACGGAGAGCCAUCACCUUUUCUCCAAUAUUACGGAUGUUUACGAAGCAAGUAAAAAGUUCUUCAAAGAACUUGAAGCAAGACAUCAGAACAACAUCUUUAUUGAUGAUAUUAGUGAUAUAGUGGAAAAGCAUAGUGCUUCAACGUUUGAUCCAUAUGUAAAAUACUGCACUAAUGAAGUCUAUCAGCAACGAACGCUUCAGAAAUUGCUAGCUACAAAUCCAGCAUUUAAAGAGGUGUUAUCACGGAUUGAGUCCCAUGAAGAUUGCAGGAAUUUACCAAUGAUCUCUUUCCUCAUUCUUCCCAUGCAGAGAGUAACUCGUCUUCCCUUACUGAUGGAUACUAUUUGCCAGAAAACUCCUAAAGAUUCACCAAAAUAUGAGAACUGCAAGCAAGCUCUGAAAGAAGUGAGCAAGUUGGUGCGUUUGUGCAAUGAAGGUGCUCGGAAGAUGGAAAGGACAGAAAUGAUGUACACAAUUAACUCCCAGCUGGAAUUUAAAAUCAAGCCAUUUCCAUUGGUUUCUUCUUCACGAUGGUUAGUGAAAAGGGGUGAAUUAACAGCAUACGUAGAAGACACUGGACUUUUUUCUAAAAGGACUUCUAAACAGCAGGUGUACUUUUUCCUCUUUAACGAUGUCCUCAUUAUCACCAAGAAGAAGAGUGAAGAGAGCUACAAUGUCACAGAUUAUUCUUUAAGGGGUCAGCUCGUGGUACAACAGUGUGACAGUGAGGACCUGACUUCUUCUCCUGUAAAGAACACUUCAGCUAUGCUGUACUCCCGGCAGAGCGCUACAGUGUACCUCUUCAGAUUGGCAGUCCUCAGUAACCAUGCAGGAGAGAAGGUGGAGAUGCUCUUGGGAACAGACGCUCCGAGUGAAAGAGCUCGCUGGAUUACGGUGCUUGGGCAAGACAGAGAUGGGCAGAAAACAGACAGAACAACCUUGACUCAGGUAGAGAUCAUCAGAACUUACACAGCAAAGCAGUCAGACGAACUGUCUCUUCAAGUUGCUGAUGUUGUUUUGGUUUAUCAAAAAGUGAAUGAUGGCUGGUAUGAAGGGGAACGGUUGCGGGAUGGUGAAAGAGGCUGGUUUCCCAUGGAGUGUGCUAAGGAAAUCACAUGUCGUGCCACGAUCGACAAGAACAUGGAGCGGAUGGGACGUUUACUUGGACUUGAAACAAAUGUGUAGAUGGUUUUUGCUUCUUCAUACUGUACUAGAGGAUUUGCACUAACUGCUGUCAGCAGGGAAUGGCUGCGUGCACUACAGCUCUCGCAUGGACGAUGUGGGUCACAGAUGUGUAAAAUCUGGUAACAGAGCACUGAUGUUUCAGAUAGUCCUUUUUGGUUUGCAUUUUGAGAGCUCUGAACUGAUGCCUGGCUUGAACUGUAGCAGAUUUCAACUAGAAGUAGUUUCUUAGGCAUUGGAGAUCAGCUAUGCAUUUUUUUUCCUCAGAUUUCCCUUUCAACUUCAGUUCCUUCAUCCCUGCUCUUUACUUACACUUCUGCCACUCUUUUUUGAUCAUUUUGACUUACUUUCUUUUAAAGUUGGACCUUGCUGUAGCAGACCGAGCACCAGAAACUCACCGAAUCUAUAUACUGAGCUGGAGGUGAACAGGAGCACAAUAGUGGGGAGGGAGGUCCUGUUCCUUAGAAACUGCAGUCGUACGUUCCCAGUACAAGUAAGUGGGUUUAAGGGGAUACUUCCCAGCUGUGUCAAAAAUCCUUGCUUAACCUGAGCUAGAAUGAACAAGCAUGUAAUUCAUAAGGGCUUACCUCUCCAGCACAAAGCCAGGGAGGAGCCGGAUUUGCUAAGACUGAAUUAGAUCACUGUAAUCACUGGGUGAAGCUGACACAAGGUAAGAACUAGAGAUGUGCUGCUUGUGGUGGUGGCCUCCAGUACUGGGUGUGGGUACUCAGUCACGCAGCUCAGGCGUUCUGGUGCUCCGGUGUUGAGAUUCCUGAAAGCAAGCAAGAAGUACCAAACUGUACAUAAAGUACAUAAUGAUGUUGAGUGUCUUGGUCUCAGAUCCAUUUUAGCACAACUAUCAGACUCAACUUGGGCUUGUUUUCAUUAAGAAUAGCCUUGGUGUGAGCAGUUGUUAGCUCGCUCAGAUCCUUCUGGCAGGUGUAUCUUACGGUGUUUCUUCCAGGAAUAUUUUUUUAAGCUUAUGGGUUUUGCCAAAUGAACAAGCCCUUCUGUCUUGUGUCUGCUGUCUGUCCUCAACUCUAAAGGCUCUUUUAGCUCUGAAUGCCUUCUUGGCAGCAUGGUUGCUUUUCCAGUACCUUGCGGUAGGUUGCACCUUUAAAGCUUAAACCACAUUUUCAAUACAAAGUACUUUCAAGAUGCAGAGAAGUAGCCGUAACAAAUCAAUGUGGUUUUUUUUCCCCACUAGCAUCAAUGUGAGUUUUAAAUGCCACUGCUCUGGUUCAGGAUUCAAGUGUCUGGACUCACAGGAUUUUUUUGAUAUUUUAAAGGAUUGUAUAACUGCUGGAAAUGUGUCCAUUUUGUUUCAGUUUUCUCCAGGUGUUUGGCUAGGUCUUUCUAUUAAGUUAUUGCUGUACAGCAAGGGUUGUGAUGGAGGAUGGAGACUGCAGAAAACAUGAAGUACAUUCUUCUGUGUUUUUUUUUUCUUCCUUUUUGCUCUUCUGUACUAGAGGAGAUUGAUUAUUUCCUUCUGUGGAGGCAAAAAGUUCAACUGAACUUCAGUUUACUGAACUUCCUCUUUAGCAGUUGUCAGCGUGUUGAAGCCACACGCAGAAAAAGAGGGAGUUGUAAGACCUGUAGGGAUCUAAGCUGCCAGGUCUCUGCUCAUCUCCGCUGUAUGAGGUAAGAGCACCGCUGAGGAAGGACGUGGGAGCUGAGAGCUCGGCACCUUGGGUAACGUGGUUAGCUUGGUGUCCUGUCAUCGCCUUCGUGACUGCCACGGAGCGGAGGCUGGAGGGGAGCAGGAGCCACCCCCCGGCACCGUGCCCUCGGCUCCAGGGGCGCCCAGCUCGGUGCUGCCGCACGCUUCUCAGCUCCCGAGAAGCCCUCUCACCAUUGCACUACCUGCACCACCUAGAUUUUUGCAGCUGCAGUUUAGCUUUGGAAUUUCACAGAAAAAAACAACCACUAAAUAUUGUGUGAAGAAAAUGCACUAAAAAAUGAAGUAAGUUUCAGUGCAUCAUUUCUGUAUAUCCGUGUAACAAGUUGUACUAUAAAAAUCUUCACCUUUUAAGGACCAGCUGGUAAGUCAGCAGGCUUCAGUACCUGCUAAAUAAAAACAAGGCAAAAAGUUGUAAGUACAAAGGCUUUCUUCAGUCCCCGUCUUUUUUUUUUAAAAGGGUGGUGUUUAUAUUCUGUACUAUGGUGAUCUGUGAGUGACUUUGUUUAUAAACAUGUACCUCUGUAACAACUGAAAAUCGAUUAGGCAAUAAUUUUGUACAAAAAUUCUUACCUUGGUAGUCUGACAGUGGUUUUACAGCCUUUUGAAUUAAUUUAUAAAUGGACUGAUAAAAUGGUAAUGGUAUAAACUGUAAAUUGAACAAAGUCUUAUUUAACGUAGUAAAAAAUACUGCUAAUAUUUUAACAAAGAGUUUAUUGUACACAGGCAGAUGUUUAACAAAACUGAAUGUAUAAAUCCAGGCAUUAAUUUUAUUCAGAUUUUUAAUACUGUAUAUAUUUUUUCAUACCUUGUCUUUCCAAAUAAUGUUUUAAAAGCCAUUUUUCCUAUUCUCAGACACAGUUCUUCAGGAAUUAAAGACAGUUAUUUUAUAGGACAACAAUCAAUAAAAUCUUUUUAAAUCCUUACUAAAAAAAGCUUCAAUUUUUCUUAAACUGCAAAUUGUUAAAUGAUAGUUCCUUAACGUCAUUCUUGUCAGAGAGGUUAAAUUUGUUUUGUAACUUACGUUUGCUUGUUUUCUUCCUGUUUUGUAAAGAUAAACAGCACGACUGUGUCCUCCAUCCCUCACAGACACACCUGUACACAGGAGGUUGGAGCAGUGACCAAGCACAAGCCCAGGACCCCUCGCCUCUGCGUUAGGGAAGAACCCGCAGGGUAAGGGCAUGCAGGCGCUGGGGGAAGGUGCGGGGCUGCAGUGGGACAGGUGCCACAGAGCAGCCCCCAGGCCCUUCCCUCCUGCCUGAUGCCGGCUGCUUACACUACAAGCUUUCAGUUGAGCUGGAAAGUACAACUCGUAUCAUUAUUUACACAUUAAUCAUGUUACUGUGUAAGUAAGGAUCUGACCACACCAACCCACAACCACCUCAGCAUGCUUCGGUCUGGUAACAACCCCAAGCACCCCAGCACCUGGGGUUGGAGCAGCAAUCCCCCACCUGGGGUUUUCAGAGGGGAAGGAAGGUGCUCC